AUGGCCGCUGCAACACUGAAUGCCCCGAAGCCUGCACACCUGCACCUGAAUACUCGAGUGGACCUGCUGCUACUGAAAUUUGACAGCAUCUGUGCCCAAUUCUCAGGGGAAAUCAAUGCUCGAGCAGGGAUUGCCUCGCAUGGAGGUCGGUGCAACCGCCUCCAGGUGGGGUCUCCAUGGCCUACCCAGGAAGCAACUCCAGCAGUAAGGCAGAAGAAAAGAAGGCUGAGGCUGACAGUGCCUCGGGGUAAACCUACUUUCUGGCACCGCCGGAGUGAGCCCACGCGGCAGUCAUGUCAUGGUUAUCCACGUGGGAUUGCAACACGCCGCCAGAGAGAGUCGGCUCGGACAAGCCUGCAGAAGAAGGAGAGAAGAUCCAGAGGCUUUGGGUCUGCGGCUGGCAGGGUAGAACACCCUGAAGGGGCACCACAUGAUAGCAGCUGUCCCCCUCUGCAGCCCAGCAGAAUGCCGUACACUGGUGUCGCUGAAGCUCCACCUACAGGCAUCGGCUAA